UGCUUAAAGAAGCUGUCAGAGAUCAAGUUAGUUCCUUUGAUAUACAAGGAAGUGUCUGGAAAUAGCAAGGAGCUUUGAUCUUUUUUCUUGAGCAAAAGAUCCGAGACAGCUGAUUAGAACUCUCAUGCAACAUGGCUAGUAAAACAAAGGUGUGUAUUGCUGAAGAGGAAGAUCUGCUUGCCUGAAAACAAUGACUAUGGUUUGUCAUCAAGUCUCUGAUUUUAGAUUCAAAAACAGGAUUAUUCCAGCAGGCUCAACAACAGCCUUCCAACAUGAUUCCUUGGAGACGUCAAGCAUAUUUUAGAAGAUUUCUGCUGUGCCGCAAGAGCAGGUGGUACCUGCUCAAGUGAAACUUGCAAGCCACAAAGGGAUUCUGAUUAUGCUUGUGCUGAUCUGAACAAGGUCAAAGAGCACUGGAAAUCAGCAGCUCCCAGAUGACUUCUAAGAGACUGAGGAAAAUUCUUGUUUUCACCUUGUUUUUGCUCUCUGCUGCAUUCUAUUUAUUUUACAAGCUGACUUCUAUUGGACUUUGUAUAUUCUGUCAAACAGACAAUGAAAAUAUUUCAUUUAGAAGGGCUAGUGGACGUUUUUUGCAUCUGCCACAUACAGAUUGCAAUAGGAACUCUCCAUUCCUAGUAAUUCUUGUAGCUUCAUCGGCUGACAGCCAUUCAGACACCCGGAUGGCUAUCCGUGACACAUGGGGCAAAGAAAAAUUAAUUGAUAACAAACGCGUUAUGACAUUUUUUCUUCUGGGAAUUACUUUGAAUCAUGAUAAUCAGGUUGCUGUUGCUGCUGAAAGCCAAAAAUAUAAAGACAUCAUCCAAAAGGACUUCAUAGAUUCCUAUUACAAUUUAACAUUAAAGACUAUGAUGGGCAUUGAGUGGGUUUACAAGUUCUGUCCACAGUCUAGCUUUGUCAUGAAAACUGACUCUGACAUGUUUGUCAAUCCUUACUACCUUAUGGAACUCCUUUUAAAGAAAAACAGGACUACCAGAUUCUUCACUGGCUUUUUAAAACUGAAUGACCAGCCAAUACGACAAAUUUCCAGCAAGUGGUAUGUGAGUAACCAUGAAUUUCCAGGAAAUAAGUACCCUCCUUUUUGUUCAGGAACUGGGUAUGUUUUUUCUAUUGAUGUUGCUUAUCAGGUCUAUAAUAUAGCUGAAAAUAUUCCUUUCAUUAAACUGGAAGAUGUUUUCAUAGGUUUGUGCCUUGCCAAACUUGAUAUUAUACCAGAAGAACUCCAUUCGGAGCAAAUGUUCUUUCCAGAAGGACUGACAUUUUCGGCAUGUCACUUUAAGAAAAUUGUGACAAGCCAUUUUGUCAAACCUCAUGACUUGAUGGUCUACUGGAAUGCACUGGAGACAUCCACAGAUAAAGAAUGUUCAGGUGACUGAUAUGUUUUACCAUCUGUCAAGAAAGCAUCCAUCUUGAGACAAUCUUCUGGUUUUAGCUAGGCAUGUCUGGCCAGGUGCAGAGUGGUUUUUUGGUUACUGCUUAUCUUCAAUGACAAGUUCCCAGGCAAGUUCUAAUUAGAACAUUUGAUGCAGCUGAGAAACCUCCAGUUGGCCGGGGUAUCUGCUCAUUCCAAUCGGGAAGAGGCAAUUUGCUCCAAGCCUGGAAGGUUUAGUGAUGGCAGCUCCAGGAUUGGUUGAGAGGGGUUACCUACCCACCCACUGACCCACUUUUUCUUUUUUUGCUUUAUGCUUUGAAACCUAAGGCCUCAAGAAACAACUAUGCUGUGUAGGACUUCAGUAAGUAUUUAGAGGGUUAGCUUGUUAUUUUCGGUGUACCUGCUAUUGCCAUGUGAUAAUUCUGUUUGAUUUUAAACAUAUUUCUAAUUUUCUCAAUAAAGCUCUAUUUUGCUUUUAAAGUACCAUGUGUUUAAUGGCCACACCGAAAAGUGCUUGGUUAGGUUACUAAAUUGGCAGGCCCUUUUGCUGCUACACCACCAAAAACAACCUACAAUUGUUACUUACAACUCAGAAUGUAAAAUAGCAAGAUCUUGCAAUCUUGACUUAAUUACUGUUAUCAGAAUCCAUAUCGAUAAAGGAUUGUAAUAGUAUAAUUAAAAGCCAAUUCCAACUCUAAUUUGCUUCCCCCUGUAGUGUUAUUCCUACCCAUGUGCCAAUAUUUUGCUUUCUUACAGGGCAUUAGGGAACAAGACUUUCUUUGUCUACUCAAGGAUUCUUAAUGAGAUGUCAGUAAGUCCAAGAUGAGUUUAUGAGUGUUUCCUUAUGUGGAAACAUUUUUAAAACAUAAAUCAGCUUCAUAAAAUAAAGACUGGGAUGCAUUUUAACAAUGUAAACAGAUGCAAAUGUUAAUUUUUAACUAUAUUCUUUUCACAGUUAAAUAUUUGAAACUGAAAGCCAGAUAUGCAGAGUCCAAUGAAAAGCAUUCUAGGCUGCAUCAACAUGUUACUGAGUCCCAGUGAGAUAGGUAGACCAUAAAUAAACAGAAAAUUGGCUCAUGCCUUAUUACUGCAAGCAUUCACAACUGGUUUUUCUUAUGGUUACAUGCCAAUGCAGCUGAAUGCAGGUGCUUAGCUACAGAAAAUGCCCUCCUCCCCUGCCCAGACUCCACUGCAGCAGGGCAGUGGAUUUGGGGAGGGGCACUGAGCAGCCCUGGUUGUGUUAACAGGAAGGAAGGAAAGGACAGACGGACAUACACUGUGGGAAGGAAGGGAGGGAAGGAAAGACACACUCACACUGAGGGAAGGAAGCAAGACAGAUAGAUAGACAGACAGAAACUCAGGCCCUUUCCCCACUUUAAAACAUAGAGUCAAACUGCUCUCCUUCAAAUCGCUGCUUUUGACUGCGAAGUACUUACUCCCCAUUGCAGCUUGCUCCUUUGUAGAAGCCUCGUGGCUUAAGACAUCAGCAUUUCCCCACGACCGCAGGUUCAGUGCUCAUCAGAAGGGAGCUUCUCUGUUUCGAUUGGCUGGAGAGCCGUUUUGUGGGCGGAACUUCCCAUUCAAAAAAAUGGCACACACCUACAGGCGUAGAGACCAAAUCUAAGCAGAUCCCCUCAAGAGAAAAUCCCAUUUUGUUCAAUGGGCUUAUUCCCAGAGCCAAGAAAGUGUUUUUAGGAUUGCAGCUGAAAUCGCCACUGUUUCCCCGAUGAAUAUUAAAAAAGGACCAGAGUCUAGAGAUCAUUGGUCCGGGAAAGGAAGAGUGUUGUAUACAGCCUGAACUGACUUGAGGGGGAAAAGAAUCCCCCACCCCAUCCUCCCAAGCCAGGCGUGUGAAUAUUUCUUUCCCGUCCCUUCCGAGAGCUCCUUAGCUCUCCUCGUGUCUAUACACUUCAGGACUCGGGUGUCACUUUCUGGCUCCCGAGAGACCGUCACUGGCGGUGAAAUCCUCACAGCCCCCGAAUCUAGAGAGAGAGAUGAGGGGGUGGGGGGUGGGGGUAAAUCAGGGAGUAGGUCGCAGGAGGAAACUCCACUGCUCUGACCAGCAAACGACGCCCUUCUCUGAUGAUCGGAUGGGGGGAAAUCGCAUUGCGCACGCCCCCGCAGUGGCCUGAUUGGGCGGUGGGAUUCAUGUCAUAAUCUGUGGUGGGAAAAUCAAAUCCGCAGUGACCCCCAGCCUUCCCCACUUCCUAGCUCUCCCCCGCGCUCGGUGCGGGGUUUGAAGAAAAAACACUGAAAAAACAGGAGAAAUGACGCGCGUUGAGGAGGACUAAGAGCGGCAAAAUCGGGGUCGCUGCGUUGCCGUCACUGAGGAAGUGGGGAAUGCGGCAGGCCCCCGGAUUAAUUACCACAGGUACCGCGCAACUAAAUGUGAGUGGGGAAAGGGCCUCAGACAGUUUUGGCCUGGUCUGCAUAUGAAGCAAAACCUGGUUAGGUGGUAAUUGAAUUAUUUCACUUCCACAGCUGAUGAAAUAUUUUUAAAUAUUAUCCAAUGUUAAAAACUAUUUCAAAGAGAACAAUCAGCAGAUCAAGCAUAGGGCUUGGGGGAAAGAGAGAAAGAGGGGAAGAAAAAAAAUGGGAGAAAGAGAGAGAAACGGGAAGAAAGAGGGAAGAGAGAACUAAGGUGGCAGGGGAAAAUGGUGCUCAUGUUCUCCCCACCCACUCAAAAGCCUGUGUGGUUGUUUUAAAUUUAAGCUUACUUCAUUGUUUGGAGAGCAGUUUUAAAUCUCGGAGAUCUCCAAGCCCCACCAGGAGGUUGGGAACCAUAUUUAGAUGCUUCACUAUUAGUUCACUGUGUUGUAGAAUUAAUAAUAUCCAAGUCAAUAAACUAGACUAGUAAAAAGAAAUUUGUUUUCUAUUUUAGUUUUUAGAUAGGAUAGGGAUUAUAAUUAUCUGCAAAAAUGAUAAAAGGCUUCAGAAAUCUGAGGGUUUUCUGCAUUGAUUGUGCACUGCAUUUACCUUGUAUAAUAAUUAUAAUUCCAAAAUAAGCAGCUCCAGUUUACCUUAGAGCAGUAGUUGCAGACUGGAAAGGAGUGGGAAAGAGGCAGCUGAUUGGCAGCCACAUGCUCCCCACAGGGCAAGGCAGUUAGGACUGUUUUCUCCCAUGUCAGGCUGGAGGGGGCAUGGCCCGGAAAGGUUUAAAAAAGUGAGCCCUCCCCACCUCCGGCCAGUUGUCUCCACACUUCUUCCGGGACUUGUCACACUCCCUCCAUAUGUUCAAUGUUGUUUUGUUUUUGCAUGCAUUGACCCUCUUUUAUCCCUUAUUGUCACAGCUUGACAGACUGCGCAUUGGAACAGAUCCAUUUGGGGAGAGACAGGGUCUGCGAACCUGCCUUCCCAAGACUGCAGGGCUCCCAUAAGAGGCCGGGAGGGGGGGGGGGGGGUUGGGCUGCAAUGCCACAUUCCCAGGUGGGGACUGUCAGCUCGCCUAUACCCCCAGGUAGUAAGUGCCCAGUGGGAUUUCAAGACUUGCUACUCCCUUUUUCUACCCCCAGUGUGGAAUAACUUCUUGUGACUUUUUUAGACAACAGUGUCUGUUUUAGAUUGAAGGCAGAAAGCCAGAGGCUUUAGAUCAGUGAUGGCGAACCUUUCCGUGACCGUGCCCAAAUUACAACCCAAAACACACUUAUUUAUCGCAAAGUGCCAAUGU